AAAAGGAAAACGAAGUGUCCCAGACUCGUAUUUGUAACACACUAAAACAGCAUCUGGCAACAAAAACCCUAAUUUAAUCCUCAUCGAUUCACGAUGGGCCACAACCCCUAAUCCCUUGACCGUUUCGGCUCUUUCUCUGAUACAUGUAUGGAAUCAGAGAAACACCGCACUUACCCGAAAAACCCUAGAAAUUUCUCAAUUCCCUCACCUCAACCAAUAGCCACAGUAGCAAUAACAGCAUGGCCAUAUCCAAUGAACUAGCGCAAAAGCAACUGCCCUCCAUAUCGGAACGGUUUAAGGCUUUAUUAAAGCAACGGGAAGAUGAACUCAAGGUUUCCGGCGGUGUUGCAGAUGACGAUGUGGGGGAAACGCUAACUACGGAGGAUAUUGUUCAGCUUUACGAGAUUGUGUUAUCGGAACUAACUUUUAAUUCGAAGCCGGUAAUUACUGAUCUUACGAUCAUUGCCGGUGAACAGCGAGAGCACGGGGAAGGCAUUGCCGAUGCUAUUUGCGCAAGGAUAAUUGAGGUUCCAGUAGAGCAGAAACUUCCUUCUUUAUAUCUAUUAGAUAGCAUUGUGAAAAACAUUGGCCGAGACUACGUUAGGCAUUUCUCUUCCCGUUUGCCAGAGGUAUUUUGUGAGGCGUACAGGCAAGUUAAUCCUAACUUGCAUCCUGCAAUGCGCCAUUUAUUUGGCACGUGGUCUACAGUGUUUCCGCCUUCUGUCCUUCAUAAAGUCGAGAUGGAGUUGCAAUUUUCUCAAUCGGCAAACCAGCAAUCAUCUGUUGUAACUUCCUUGCAGUCUUCCAAAUCUCCUCGUCCAACACAUGGCAUACAUGUUAAUCCUAAGUACCUGCGCCAGUUUGAACAACAGUCAGGUGCAGAUAGUAAUACUCGGCAUGUAAGAGGCAUGUCUGCUGGUCAAAAAUUGUAUGGUAAAAAACAUACCAUUGGAUACGAUGAAUUUGAUUCUGAUCAUACUGAGGUUCCAUCUUCACAUGUUGGUGCGCAAAGAUUGAGUUCGACUGGAAAUGUUGGGCGUACUUCUGUUACAUUUGGGGCAAACAAACCACAACAUUUUUCAGUUUCCAGAGUUUCAGGACCCUUGUCACAAUCAACGAUUGGAUCUGAUAGACUUUUAUCAUCAGAAGUUGAUGAUCUGCCAUCAGAUGAUUCUCCCAAAAGGUUCUCUGAGAUAGCCUCUCCAUCUCGACCUGGCUUUGAUUUUGAAUGUGGAAGGGGAAACAUCAGAGAUGAGGAAACAAGGGAAUGGCAGAAGAAGAAUUUUCAUGGCGAUUACCAUAAUUCUUCUGAAAGUUCUUUGAAUGCAUACAAGCUUAGUAAUGGAAAUGAGCGUCAAACACUCAGGGCUUUAAUAGAUGCAUAUGGUAAUGAUAGAGGACAAGGAAUGUCUAACAGCAAACCUCUACAGGUUGAACGGCUGGAUGUAAAUGGAUUGGGCAAUAAGGUGGCUCCAAGAUCAUGGCAGAAUACUGAAGAGGAAGAGUUUGAUUGGGAAGAUAUGAGCCCAACGUUAGCAGAUCGAAGGAACAAUGAAUUUUCAGUGUCAUCUGUUCCAACUUUUGGAAGUAUUGGAGCAAGACCUGCCGGGUUAGAAUCUAAUAGGAGCAGUCACACCCUUGUUGAUGAUUCUUCAGCAAUUCCUGAAGAUGCAGUUCCUUCCCUGAGUUCAGGUCGUGGAUUAAAUCAGACUCAACGUUCGCGUUAUCCUCAGGAUGCUUGGAGUUCCUCAUACCCUUUUCCCCAGUCAUCGCACCUUCAUGCCAAAGGAAGAGGAAGGGAUAGUGGUAUAUCCUCCUUAGGUGGUGACAAAAUCGUCUCUCCUAUUGAGAAAUUACCCGAGGGUGGUUCACAAUUUGUAAAGCCUCCAGCUUUUGUGCCAAGAUCUGCUUCUUCUAGCCUUGGCACUGUUACUGUUGGAUCCCAGCCAGCCAUUUUACCAACGACAACUGGGGUAUGGCCUCCGGUAAAUGCUCAUAAAUCUCAACCACCAACUGUGCACUCUAACUAUUCACUGCAGCAGCAUGGUAGGAAUCACUUUAAUUCACUGAAUCUUGUCAUGAAUCCGGGCCAAAACAAAUAUCAAUAUAUGCCUGAACAGUUUGAUAGUUUUGAAAGCAAGGAUCAAAGCUUGACAACGGCGCCACAAUUGCCUGGACGACGUCCUGCAUUGCAACAGCGGAACUCAUUGCAUGGAACUUCUUUGCAGCCACACUUUCCUCAUGAGAUUCGUGAUGGUUUCCUUUCAUCAGCACCUGGACCUUUCCUGCCUCGCUUAUUGGCACCACCCUUGAAUCAUGGAUAUGCUCCCCCAAUGCAUGGUGGUAUGGUCCCAUCUAACCCAAUACCUGUUGCACAGCCUUCUUUAGUGAUCCCAAAUAUGCCCACUGGCUCAUUACAUUUCCGCGGGGGAGCCAUGCCAUCUCGCCCUCCUGGUCCUCCAGCGUCUCAAAUGAUGCCUGUCAAUCAAAAUGCAGGUCAACUGCUUCCUAACCAACCUCAGGGUGGUGCAUUUUCUGGUUUGAUUGGUUCUCUCAUGGCUCAAGGUUUGAUUUCAUUGGCGAAUCCAACUCCUAUACAGGAUUCUUUGGGACUUGAGUUUGAUGCAGAACUCCACAAGAUGCGACAUGAAUCUUCUAUAAGUGCUUUAUAUGCUGAUCUUCCAAGGCAGUGCACAACAUGUGGCCUUCGGUUCAAGUCCCAAGAGGAACAUAGUACUCAUAUGGAUUGGCAUGUGACAAGAAACCGGAUGUCUAAGAACCAUAAGCAGAAACCUUCCCGGAGUUGGUUUGUGAGUGCUAGCAUGUGGCUCAAUGGUGCAGACACUUUGGGAACUGGUACAGUUCCUGGGUUUUUACCCGCCGAGGACAUAGUAGAACAGAAGGAUGACGAAGAAUUGGCAGUUCCUGCUGAUGAAGAUCAGAGUACAUGUGCAUUAUGUGGUGAGCCUUUUGAUGAUUUUUAUAGCGAUGAAACAGAGGAGUGGAUGUAUAGGGGGGCUGUCUACAUGAAUGCACCCAAUGGAUCAAUUGAAGGCAUUGAUAGGCCACAGUUAGGUCCCAUAGUGCAUGCAAAAUGCAGGUCAGAAUCUAGUGUGGUUCCCCCUGAAGAUUUUGUAGGGUAUGAUGGGGGAGGUUCUGAGGACAGUAGUCGAAGAAAAAGAUUGCGGACUUAAUCUUAUUAGCUCGGCGUCUAAGCUUUUAUUUCACUUGGUUUGAGUUUCACCUUAGUGGUAUGCUCUUUCGAAGUUUUAUGUUAGUGCUGGUCGUUGCAGCAGCUUGGCUAUGUGCCAAAACCUUGUACAUGUAUAGUUGAUCUUGUACUAUGCACAUUAUCUUGCGGCAAAAGAGGUUACAGAUUCAAUCAGAGCCUUAAUUUUGUUGCACUCUCCUUGUUUCUUUUAUCGUCUUGACAGUAGUCACAGCUGGCAUCUUGAAAAUGUUGUAUGGGGAGUAUUGCUUUGUUUGUUCACCGUGCCGUUUCGAGUUUUGACCCCUGUAUGUAGUUCCCAAACUUGCUGCGGAUGAAUUCACGAUAUUUAAUGUGUCCGAGUUUUCUCUGUUCUUUUUUCCUGUCCUUGUGAUAUUCUGCAGGGUCACACGGAAAGCUUCAAUUGCUGAUGCUGUUAGGCUCUUUUGAUUGAAGCUGCGACAGACUACUGACUGAUUAAACUCCUUUUGGU